AUGACUUCCGAACCGUCGUCGACCUCACAGCUCCCCGACGUGCUCUCCCUCGCCAGCCCUACCUUGAUGGGGUUGCCCAACGAGCUACUCAUCAAGAUCGUCGAAUUUCUCGGCCCGCCCGAUCUCUCGUGCUGCGACCCCGGUUGGCUGGUGAUUCCUGCGGUCUGCCACCGUCUUUGCGGUGUCGUUAGCAAGAUAUCCUCAUGGGAGUCUGGGACGGUCGCCGGCCCCGACAACGCGCAGGCAGCGUAUGGCUGGAGUACGUUCUCAUUCGGUGAAAGGAGGGGCUUGCCGCCGGGAACGCCGGAUAUAGGCUUCUGGAUGAGGGACACGGAGGACUGCGUGUCUUUGAGCUGCAGUCCGGUGUACAAGGGAGGUCGCGUGGAGUUCCCCUGUGCCUCUCUCAGCAUCACGGCAUGGGACGACGACACACAACAAACCGUCGAUCGGUAUCUCGGCGGACCCACUCUUCUUUCGGAACCUCGUCUCAAUUUCGAGCCCGCUACACCCCGAAACUUCUCUUUCUCCAAUGCGCCACGCAUCGUCGCUCCUGCGCUCGAGGAGCUGACUCUCGAGAGCUACGUCGCAGACUGGCGCUGCGGUAGUCUCAAGAAACUUACUAUCAAGUUGAGACGUUCUCAAGGCUAUCGCUACCCUCCCGCAGAACUCCUUGCACGUCUGCGCGAAUCGCGGCUUACUCUCGAGCAAGUCCGGCUCGACUACUGUUUUCCCUCGGUACCCGAAGAUGACGAGGACGCGAGACACGUACCUAUCGAGGUCUAUCCUCGUCUGAAAGACUUCAAGGUCCGCGAUGAUCCCCACGAAGCGAACUGGCUCUGCAAACGCAUCGGUCUUCCCUCUAGGCUUUCGCCCAUCAUCACCGGGUCGCAGACGGCUGGCAUCACGUAUCUCCGUUCUCUCGCGUGCGAGUACGGCAAGUCGGUUCCCGAUCCCAAACCAGGCCGCGCCGAUUUCCACGGCGAGCUGGACACCCUCACUUUCCGCCCACCGAAUGAGUUCGAUCGCUAUGGGUGCUUCAUCACCGCCAGCAAGAUCACAGGCGUGAUCAACGGUCCGUGGCUACACGAGAUCGAGGAUCACAGCUUGGAUGUUUACGCGAGGAUCUGUACGGCGCGGUACAUGGACUGUGACUACGACCAGGACGUCAGAGAGCUCGACGGGAAGGUACCCGGCAUCGAGCCCGUGUUCGUGACGAGGCUCGAUUGGACACGUACCGCCUGGGACCUUCCGCCCGGGAUGAACAGCGCUUGUGGCGCUCAAUGCUCUGCGCUGCACGGGAUCAAGCACGUCUUCAUCGACGGCACGAAAGGGCGGCUUCUGGGCAGAGGCGGCAACUGGAAUACUACGGUCUGGAUAUCGAUUCUCCGACAUCUGCCGAACGUGCGCUCGCUCUACAUCUACAAUCCAUGCCCCGCUUACCUGGAGCUACUCACUAACGAGCCCGAUAUCCUUCCUAACUUGAGAAAACUCUGGCUGGGACGCGACGAACACUCGAAGGGCGACGAUGACUGGAGGGGCUUCAUCCCGGCGAUGGGCCACUACGACUCGGACGCUGACGAUCUCGACUCGGACAGCGACUCGGACAGCGACGGCGGGGACUCAGAUGGUGAUGAUCGUCAAGCUUCUGAGCGCGAGUCGCAAGCAAAUGAGCAGGAUGUCGCUUCAGAGCGCAUCGGUGAUCCCAAGAACGAGCAAUCAAGUCCGGCCAAAGCUGGCUCGUCCCAUCGCAAUGUUGCCAGUCAAAAGGAUCGCGUUUUACCGUCGUGGAAGUGCGAGGUCGACGCCGGUCUGUUGAUGAGCGUCUUCAGAAGCCGCACGCUGAAUAGCUGUGCCCUCGAGAAUGUCGAAGUUGUCGGUGACGCCCAGGAAAGGGAGGAAUUGCAGUAUAUUUUUGGCGGCGCGCUCUAG